CCAUGUCUCCCUACGGCGGGUCUAUCCAGACGCCAGAGCGCAAGGGCAAGCUCGUCCCGCGGUCGUACCCGCUCCCUCGACCUGGCGCGUGCCUCACCGUCUUCCCCGUCCGACGCGACUCUGUCCCCGACCAGCUCGUCCACUUCCUGCGCGACACGUUCAACGACACCGUGCGCGAGGGCAAGACGUACCCGCAGAUGAGCGAGCUCUCCCUCAACGAGUUCUGCGCCUACUUCUUCGCCGCCGACUGCUUCGUCGGGCUGCUCGACACCGCUCCAGCAGACCUCGGCGACGUGUCGGCAGGGCUGGACCGGGACGAGGGCUUGACGCUCGAGAGCGUCGCUGCCGGGCGGGACUGGCGGGAAUGCGUCUUGGGCAUGUACUACGUCAAGCCCAACUACCCAGGUCGCUCGUCGCACCUGUGCAACGGCGGCUUUGUCGUGCCGUCGGUCCACCGAGGGUUGCGCAUCGGGUCGACGCUCGGACGGUCGUACCUGCACUUUGCGCCGCUGUGCGGGUACCGCGGCAGCGUGUUCAACCUCGUGUACGUCAACAACGUCGCGUCGGUCAAGAUCUGGGACGCGCUCGGGUUCAUGCGGGCGGGCCUGAUCCCCGGAGCGGGCAACCUCGAGGGCAGCGACGAGUUCGUCGACGCCAUCGUCUUCCACAAGUCGUUCGUGUGAGCUCGUUCUCGCCCGACACAGCUGCAUUAUCAUCGCCGUGUACGGGCCAUGCUUGCGAGAGCGAUUGCG